CGCAGUGGUAGCACCGCAGCAGAGAGAAGAGAGAUCUUCUAGCCUAGUAGUAGCAUCUACUUACUAGUGAGUGAGUAGGAGUACUUGGCUAGGACGGGGGGGCCGUGACGACGGUAGCAGCAUGAGCUGCAACGGGUGCCGGGUGCUGCGCAAAGGCUGCAGCGAGGCCUGCGUGCUGCGCCCCUGCCUCCAGUGGAUCGACGCCGCCGAGGCGCAGGGCCACGCCACCGUGUUCGUCGCCAAGUUCUUCGGCCGCGCGGGCCUGCUCUCCUUCAUCUCCGCUGUCCCGGACGCGCAGCGGCCCGCUUAUUAUUGCUUACCAGGCUUACUGUGGUCCAUGGCACCUCCUCGCAGCCCUGUUCCAGUCGCUGCUGUACGAGGCGGCGGGGCGGACCAUCAACCCGGUGCACGGCGCGGUGGGGCUGCUGGGCACGGGGAACUGGCACCUCUGCCAGGCCGCCGUCGACACCGUGCUGCGGGGCGGCGCCAUCGGCCCGCUGCCGGAGCUUGGCGCCGGGACGGGCCACCUGUACGGGCCCCCCGCCGCCACCGACAAGCGCGCCGGCGGCUGGUCCACCUUCUCCACGGCGAAGCGGGCGCGGAAGGCCGCCGCCGGUGCCGGGGCGCCGCCCGCGGCGGAGGCGGCGGCGUACUGCGACCUAGGGCUGUGCCUCAGCAGCAGCCCCGGGUCCCCGCCGGCGACGGCGGACGGGAGGAGGGCCCCCCUCCUGCGGCCCGGCACGCCGUCCAUGAGCUCGGACGAGUCCGUCACGACCACGGCCGGCGGCGACAGGGAGCCCGUGCUGCUCAACCUUUUUGCCUGAUGAAGCCGCCGGUCGACGACGCAGGCCAAACCAAACCAAACCACACGCGCAGCGGCUCUCUUGAUUGGCCGCCGUGUGAUGUGAUGUUUUGUCUGGACGAUCUGUCCCGGCGGCCAGGCGUUUUCUCUCGUCGCCGGCGACGGCAAGGCCGUUUUUCAUUCGUUUCUGGCUGCGGCCUUAGAUUUUAUUUUUGGUUGCGUAGUAGCGGUAGUAGAAAAGAAACUACCAGUAGCAGCCGGAGCCGGCCUCGAAGCCCCGUUUGCGUGUGGGCGAAGAUGAGACUAUGAGAGCGCCGGUGGCCACCCCACCAAAGUAUAACUGUUUUUUCCCCCUGUUCUUUUUUUCCCCUUCUCUCCUUUAUUGAACAAUUACUAUAAUAUAAAUAAAAUACUAUAGCACCACCACUACAUCUGAGCUUCGGUGGGUCGACCGACCGACUGUGUGCGUUUGUGCUUGUACGUAUAACUGGUGUGUGUGUGGUUUAUUACUGUUGUGAUUGACAUGAU